AUGUCUCAAAAACUCACCCGCUUCGUUCACAAUGGCGCCGGUCUGGAAAAGACUCUCCGUCUAAUCCAGUCCGUCGCCCAGAUCGCCGCAGUUUUCACCAUCGGCAGCACUGCCGUGCGAUUGACAACCGCCAAGUUGCAAUUGGCUCUUACCCGACGAUUUUUCCGUUUCUUCGGUUUCCUUCAGUCCUUUGAGCAGGUAUCUACCCUCCUCACUAGUGGGGGGAUUGGAUCCGUGGCUAGGUGGCUGGACCUUGCCAAAUGGACCUGCUUUGGCUUGUACUUUGUAUUGGAAGAUUUGACUAUCUUACAUGCUAUGGGCGUCUAUGCGGUACCAUGGGAGGAGCGAGUGAUGCGCGAGGCGAACACCUUUUGGUUCUAUGCGCUGUCUCUGUCCCUGGCUGGCUCUGUUUAUUCCCUUCUCUUUUCUGGGGCUGCUGAGAAGAUCAAGUCGAAAGAUGGCAAGAAGGAGAAGAAUAACGAAAAGACCGUGGAGAAGCCUGCUCCGCGUGUUGACACCUCGGUAUUGAUGAAGCAGAUUGUGGUCGAUGGGUGUGACUUGCUACUUCCUGUGUCGCUGUUGGGUUGGUAUCAUCCUGGGGACCUUGUCAUCGGCGGGACUAUGGUUUUGAGUACGUUGUUGACUGGGUCGAGGAUUUGGGCUCAGGUUUGA